UUUUUAAACAAUAAUAAAUAUAACAUUUUUUAAUCUAUGGUGGUAGAUUUAGAAUGAAAUCGAAAAAGGGCGCUUUUGCCAAUUCGUCUACAGGUUAUAGUAAACGUCAUAAUACCAAUACGCAUAAAUCCAAUAGUAAUAAACCCGUAAAAUCAUCGGAAUCUACCGGCUCCGUUAGUAAAAAGAACAAAAAGCUAGUUGACAAAGAAACUGAUAAACCACCAGUGGAGGAACAAGAUAAUGAUUUGAAUUCGGGCUUUGGUAAUUACUUGAGAUCAAAUGAGGGUGUUGAAAUGAUGAAAAUCUUUGUAUUCGCCAAUACGAUAAUGGUGAUUGUUACCAUGGCUUGGCCUCAUUUCAAAGCUCAAUGUUACUGGUUAUGGGAAUGGUUGGAAACUUUUGCAGAAGAAUAAACUCAAAAGAAAAUUAAAUAUAAAUAAAUCUAAGCAAAAAUGGUGGGUCCCUUUAUGCAGGGCGUAUUGCUCAUGGGCAUUAUCUACUGGUAUUCUAAGGGUCUUAUCAGCAUGAUCAACGAUUAUUAUCGUGGAGAAUUUAAUCGUAAAUUAAAAGAUGAAAUCAAGGGACAGAAAUUGGACAACAUUAAAACGCCAACAUACGAUUUAAGUGAUAUGGAAUUGCUGGUGAAUAUUGAGUUACAAAAAGACCAACUGAUAAAUGAGGAACAACAAGAAUUUUUAGUCGGAAAUAGUGAUUUUAAAGAAAAUACAAGUUAUUGUUAUCGUUUAAAUGCCAAAGAAGAGUUUUUAAAUAUGUUAUUUAUUACAAUUUACGAUUAUUAUAGAAAACAUCCCGUUAAAAAUCCCAUAUGUUGGCUGAAGGAAAAUAAAAAUAGUUCUUGGGCUUAUUAUACGGAAUCGUAUAAUGAUUUUAGUUUAAUUAAGUAAAAUUAGUUUUAGGUAUUAAGUUAUUUAAAAUAUUUAUAUAUAAAGUUUGUGUUGUAAGUGUAAAAAAUCUAUUUUAAAUAAACAUUUUAUUAAUUUAAAGAAAAAGG